GUCUUCCAAGAUGGUCACCCGUGGAAUUUGCCGUCCCUUCGCCCGUUUCGCAGCGCUCUCGUCGGCCACGGUGGUAACCGUCAGAAAACGUCGUCAUCAUGCGAAGCCCGGUGUUUGCAGCGUUGCUCACCUCGGUCGUGGCGGCAGGGCAAUGUGAAUGUAGCCGCAACAGCAACAGCAGCAGCAGCAGCUUCGAGCAGCAGUGCUCCAAGUUCGCGCAGAAGCUGGACAUCGACAACGCCACUGUCUGGCUCGCCCAGCCGGUGGCCGCGGGCACCAACCUGACCUUCCCGGACGCGGACCCGUCAUGUGGCCAGACCGCCCUGGCCGUGGGCGUCGACUUCUGCCGCAUCACGCUGUAUGUGGCCACGUCGGGCCGCUCGGGCAUCAGCAUGGAAGCCUGGCUGCCGCGCAACUGGACCGGCCGCUUCCUGAGCACGGGCAACGGCGGGCUCAACGGCUGCCUCAGCUACGACGACAUGGCCUACGCGACCGAGCUCGGCUUCGCAACCGUCGGCGCCAACAACGGCCACAACGGCACGUCGGGCGAGCCCUUCCUCAACAACCCCGACGUGGUCGAGGACUUUGCCUGGCGGUCUGUCCACACCAACGUCGUGGUCGGAAAGCGCAUCUCGGAAGCCUUCUACAACAGGAAGCACACCAAGUCGUACUACCUCGGCUGCUCGACCGGCGGCCGCCAGGGAUUCAAGUCGGCCCAGUCCUUUCCAGAGGACUUUGACGGCAUUGUGGCCGGCGCGCCCGCCGUCGAUUUCAACAACCUGAAUUCCUGGUCCGGCCACUUCUAUCUCCUCACCGGCCCCGCCGGCUCCCCCACCUAUCUGACGCCCGAGCAAUGGUCCGCCGUGCACGACGACAUCAUGGCCCAAUGCGACGGCCUCGACGGCUACGUCGACGGGAUCAUCGAGGAGCCACGACUCUGCCAGUACCGCCCGGAGUCGCUGAUCUGCCCGCCCGGCACGCCAGCCAACAGCAGCAGCAGCACGUGCAUCACCGGCGCACAGGCCGGCACCGUCCGCGCCGUGUUCUCGGACCUCCACGGCGCCAACGGCACGCUGGUCUACCCGCGCAUGCAGCCCGGCUCGGAGCAGCUCGGCACGCCCUACCUCUACUACGGCGGCCGGCCCUUCCCCUACGCGGCCGACUGGUUCAGGUACGCGGUCUACAACGACCCGGCCUGGGACCCGGCCACGCUGGGGCCCGACGACUACGCGCGCGCCGACGCGCUCAACCCGUCCGACAUCCGCACCUGGUCCGGCGACCUGGCCGCCUUCCGCGCCCGCGGCGCCAAGCUGCUGCACUACCACGGCCUGCAGGACCAGAUCAUCUCCAGCGCCAACUCGCCGCGCUACUACGACCACGUCGCCCGCACCAUGGCCCAAGCCCACCUGUCCGGCGGCGGCGUCGCGGGGCUCGACGACUUCUACCGCUUCUUCCAGAUCUCGGGCAUGGGCCACUGCACGGGCGGGUCCGGCGCCACUUUCAUCGGCCAGGCGCGCGGCUCGACCGCGAGCCUGGACCCGGAGCAGAACGUGCUCAUGGCGGUGGUGAGGUGGGUCGAGCAGGGCACGGCGCCCGAGGGGAUCCUGGGCACGGCGUUUAUUAAUGGCACCACCGAGGUUGCCUUUCGGAGGAGGCAUUGUAAGUACCCGCUGAGGAAUACCUAUACGGGGCAGGGGGAUCCGAGGGAGCCUGAUAGCUGGAAGUGCGUUGUAUGAUUACCGUAGGUGGGCUCAGUGUGGCUACCUAUUGAGGAGUGCUGAUGUGGACGAGUCGGUACUAAGUAAUUAGUUGGUUGGUUGGU